AAUCAGGCAGGCGCUCUGGGACUCACAACCUCACCUCCUUGCAAAGUCAACUUAUUCAAGAAUCCCUCCAGAUUUCCGCACGCAACUGCGCAUUAUACCAGCCAUGUUAUUAGCUAAGCGGACCUUGUGUGGCAAGCAAACAUCAUGCCUAAAAGGCAAAUAGGGAUUAUAGACUUGGAUAAUUAACCAGUCUGUAAUGCAUGUAUCACCUCAUGGCCCAAUUAUUGUCCGUCAAUAUGAUGCUUGAUCUACAUGCCCCCGGAUUACCCCGCCAAUAGUCUUGUCAGCCCUACCUUCCCCGCACCAUUCGGGUAAAAUAAGAGACCACAAAAACAUCCUAAUAGCCCCGAUUGCUUUCUAUACUUCAAGACGAACCGAGUACAUAUCUCGGGAUUUGGAGAUGAUAAAUAGCAAGCGUCCCUACUCUAUCAUCGCUGGAUUCGUGAGCAGCUCCAGCACCCUCUUCCAUGAUUGCCCUAGAUUCCUGCCAAAAUGAAACUGCACCAAAGCUCCGCUGUCUUUGCUAUCUUAUUAGCAUCACGUCCAACCCAUUCAGCUGCUGCCGAUACCGCCUUUCUUGAUCCCAGCCGCUACCUCUGGUACAAUGAGCCCGCCCCUCACACCGACUGGGAAAACGGCGUCCUCCCCAUCGGCAACGGCCGCCUCGCAGGGACAAUUUAUGGCGGCGUACCAGACGAAGUCGUCACGAUCAACGAAAACACAAUCUGGUCCGGCCCGCUGCAGGACAGAACACCCGAACAUGCGCUCGAGGCUCUGCCCGUUGCCCGCGAGAUGCUGCUCGCGGGUAAUAUCUCCGCAGCCGGCGACUUUAUCAAAAGCAAGAUGAUGCACCCGGUGGAUAGUAUGCGGGCGUAUAGCUAUUUUGGAAACUUGGGGGUGGGGUUUGGGCAUGGGGAUGGUGAUGUGGAGGGGUAUCGACGGUGGUUGGAUACGAGGAGAGGCGAUGCGGGGGUUGAGUAUGUUGUUAAUGGGGUGAAGUAUACCCGUGAGUAUAUUGCGAGCUUUCCGGCGGGCGUGCUAGCUGCAAGGUUUGCUGCGAGCAAGAAGGGUGCUUUGAACUUGAAUGCCACUUUCUCUCGUGCGGAGUCUGUGACGGGUCUGCAGGCGUCAGCUGCUGGUUCUGCCCCGUGGCUGCGAAUGAGUGGCAGUAGUGGCCAGCCUGCGGAUGAGAACCCGAUAAUUUUCACUGGUCAGGCAAGUUUCAAGGCGAAAGGAGCUCGGGUCACGGCUUCGGAUGGCACCCUCAUCAUUACCGGCGCUACUACAGUCGACGUAUUCUUGGACGUAGAGACAAACUACCGCUAUGCGACCCAAGACAAGAUUGACUCGGAAAUUCAACGCAAGCUCAACAGUGCUCUUAAGAAGGGCUACGAUCGCGUUAAACAAGAAGCCCUAAAAGACUCAUCCAGCCUCCUCGGGCGCGCGUCAAUUAAUCUUGGCCAGUCGUCUGACGAAAAGCGAGCUCUCCCUACAGACGAGCGUGUUCUGCACGCUCGUUCAGGCAUAAUGGACGACCCGGAGCUCGUAACCCUAGCCUGGAACUACGGCCGGCACAUGCUCGUUGCCUCCUCACGCAACACCGCGGAAUCCAUUGACCUCCCCGCCAACCUGCAGGGAAUCUGGAACAACAAGACCACCGCCGCCUGGGGAGGUAAGUACACGAUAAACAUCAACACGGAGAUGAACUACUGGCCGGCAGGGCAGACCAAUAUCAUCGAGACACAGGAGCCCCUCUUUGAUCUCUUCAAGGUCGCGCAACCCCGCGCUGAGGCACUAGCACGGGACAUGUACAACUGCAGCGGCGUCGUCAUCCACCACAACCUCGAUCUCUGGGGCGACCCAGCCCCAGUGGAUAACUACACCUCGUCAAGCAUGUGGCCCAUGGGCGCGGCCUGGCUUGUCACACACCUCAUCGACCAUUACCGCUUCACGGGCGAUAAACAGCUCCUCUCCGAGACCGUGUACCCUUACCUUCUCGAUGUAGCUCGGUUCUACCAAUGCUACACAUUUGAGCACAAUGGAUACAGAGUUACGGGCCCCUCCCUCUCACCGGAAAACACCUUCUACGUGCCUGACAACUGGAGCAUCGCCGGCGCCGAAGCCGCAAUGGAUAUUGAGAUCCAGAUGGACAACCAGCUCUUGUACGAAGUCUUCCACAACCUCCUCGAAGCCGCUGCCGAGCUAGGAAUCUCCAACAAGGACAAAAACGUCGCCAGUGCAAAAUCCUUCCUUGCGAAAAUCCACCCACCUCGCAUUGGAUCCAAGGGCCAGAUUCAAGAAUGGCGGCUAGAUUACGAUCUCCGCGCUCGCGGGCACCGCCAUCUCUCCCCUCUAUACGGACUUCACCCGGGUACACAAUUCUCCCCGCUCGUCAACACCACUCUUGCAGCCGCAGCCGAGAUCCUCCUCGAGGAGCGCGCUGAUGGCGGAUCUGGAAGCACGGGGUGGAGCAACGCAUGGUUCAUAAACCAGUACGCACGGCUGCACCGGGGGUCAGACGUAUGGGCGCAGAUUACAAAGUGGUUCUCACUGUAUCCGACGAAGAAUCUGUGGAAUACGGAUAAGGGGGUGACGUUCCAGAUUGAUGGCAACUUUGGUGUCGUGAGUGGGAUCACGGAGAUGUUGUUGCAGAGUACGAGUCAGAGCCUCGCGGCGGAUGGUAUCGUUCAUUUGCUGCCGGCUCUUCCGGAUGCAGUUCCAAGUGGGAGUGCGACGGGAUUGUUGGCGAGAGGUGGGUUUGAGGUCGACGUUGAGUGGCAGGCGGGGAAGUUGAGGAGGGCGGUUGUGAGGUCAAAUCUAGGGAGGGAGCUGCAGGUGAGAGUGGCUGAUGGGGAACAGGUUAGAGUCAACAAUCAGGUGUAUCGGGGACCGAUACGGACGAAGAAGGAAGGAGUGUACGUUGUUACAUUAGGUGGAUAG